UACUUCCUACUUCGGCCGACCACGCAACUGCAGUAACGGCAUCAUGGCCGCCGCAGCUCCCCCGUUCCCGAAUUCUCUCUCGCCGUUCUCGACGAACCCGAGCUCGGCCUCGCCGUCGCCUCGCCUCGCCAGGCCCUCGUUCCCCGCCGCCCACUCCGAGCAGCCCCCGCCGCUGCGCGCGAGAAGGCGGGACGGCCCCCGGCCGGCUCGUGCCAAGAAGAAGAACCCGUGGCUCGACCCUUUCGACGACGGGGAGGACCCGGACAUGGAGUACGGGUCGCUGUUCGCGGACGGCAAGCAGGAGGAGGACCCCAGGCCGCCCGACAACCCGGACAGCCCCUACGGGUUCCUCAAGUUCCCGAUGGGGUACAACGUGGAGAUCGCCGGCCUGGCGCUGAAGGUGAGGGGGGACGUGAGGAGGUGCUGCUGCGUGGUCUCGGGCGGCGUGUACGAGAACCUGCUCUUCUUUCCGGCGAUACAGUUGAUCAAAGAUAGGUACCCGGGGGUCCAGGUGGAUGUGGUCGCGUCGGCGAGGGGGAAGCAGACUUACGAGCUGAACAAGAAUGUGAGGUGGGCUGAUGCAUAUGACCCUGACUACGACUUCCCCGAGCCUGCGGACCUUAUGGACAUGCUCGGAGUGCUUAAGAGUAGGUAUUAUGACAUGGUUCUGUCGACUAAACUGGCAGGGCUUGGGCACGCGUCAUUCUUGUUCAUGACGUCGGCCCGCGAUCGAGUCAGCUACAUUUAUCCCAAUGUGAAUGCUGCAGGAGCGGGACUACUUCUAUCCGAGACUUUCACGGCAGAAAGCACCAAUCUUUCAGAGGGUGGAUACAACAUGUAUCAACAAAUGGUUGAUUGGUUAGGAAGACCCUUUCGCAGCGUGCCAAGGCAUCCUGUUCGACCGCUAAAGGUUUCUAUCUCGAAGAAGCUGAAGGAGGUUGUCGGAGUAAAGGUCAAGAACACCGGAGCAGAGAAGGGGAAGUAUAUCGUGAUUCACGGGCUGGAAUCAGAUUCAAAGGCUUCAAUGCAGUCGAAAGGGGAUGCCGAUAGCUUGCUGCCGCUCACAGUUUGGGCUGAAAUCGCCGAGGGUAUAAGAGGGGUGAGGCCGAUAUUCGUCAUUCCACAUGAAAAGGAAAGAGAAAAUGUGGAGGAGAUCAUCGGAGAAGAUGCCAGCAUCGUCUUUAUAACUACACCAGGUCAGCUGGCUGCGCUAAUCAAUGACUCAGUCGGGGUAAUAGCAACAAAUACGGCUGCUAUCCAACUAGCCAAUGCACGUGAAAAACCGAGCAUUGCCCUGUUUUCCUCUGAAGAGAAGGCAAAAAUAUUCAUUCCGAACCCAGAAGAGAGAAAAUGUACGGUGGUUUCCUCCAAAACUGGAAAACUUGUUGAUAUUGACGUUGAAGCUGUGAAAAAGUCUAUGAAGAUUUUUUAUGUCUCCCUAGCUCUAGCCUAGAAGUGAUGAUGCUUCUUUUUGGGUCCUCUGUAUUCUUAACAUUCCAAUUUGUAUAUGUCUAUCCAAUUGAAAUGAUAUGGAAGCCCAGUUGUCGUA